GAUAAAUAGCACCAAAGCCAUGAUAAGAGCUCUUUAUGAGGUUAUCCCAAGGCAUAUUGGUGAUGUUAGCUAUUUGCUAUAUGCUAACAUGCUAACAUGCUAACAAAGGCCAUACAAUGCUGAUCUAAAGAGGGUUAUUAACCGGAUACAUAAAGGCAAACACUGGAUCAUUAACCAGGACUACGAUCAUUUUGUAUUUGUCAAGAAUUCCAGAUGUUCUGACCUGAAAUUGACCCACAAAACUUGAAUUAUCCAUUGAAGUGUUUCUCAAACAUAGAAUAUACCUGGGCUGGCUCAGGUAUAGUGGUGAAGCCACAUUACUCAAAAGAGGAGAUAUUAACCAAAUGAUGGUGCAAAAGGAAGAUUUAGUGGGCAGUUUUUGUUUUUAUAACCCACAAAGAAAGAUUUUGUUCCACAAAGAGACUAACAGAUAAACUGUCCAAAAAUCUCCAGUCGCUGUAUGGAGUUCAGUCUUCUUUUAAUUUGUUGAGAUAGUAAACAGUACAUUUGACAUAUUCAAGCUAUAUCAAGGGCAGUAAUGGGUGCUUGUUUGUUUUUUCUUCUCAAAUACCCUCUUAUACUAGGAACUUGAUGGAACGCUACGUUUCUCCAUCUUUUAUGACCAGCUGCAGUCCUGUCUGGUGGUCACCAUCUUGCAGGUGGAGGGGCUUAUAGAGCACAGUCAGAAGGGCAACCUCCAUCCAUUUGUUAAGAUAAGUCUCAUGUGGGCAGGUUCACAUGGAGUGGCAUUGGAGAGCUGUACGAAUGAGGAGGGCCAAGGGCUGACACCUGGGAUGUGGACAGUGCUGCAGGAGUGGCGUACUCGCAUUGUGAAAGGCAGCUGUAACCCUUUAUUUGGAGACCAGUUUAGCUGUGUUUUACAAGAAGAAAAGGAGCUGAAUAACAUCAACCUCAGGAUAGAGGUGAGGGACUUUGACAGAUUCUCAAGACACACGGUGUUAGGAGAGGUGAGGGUUCCUCUAGGGCAGCUCAACAUCUCCUACCCUCUGGAGUUACAAGAGGAUCUACAGAGACCCCAGAAGGAUCUUGUAGGAGAGGUGCUUCUGUCUUUAAAGUUCCUUCCCACUUCUCAGAGACUGGAGGUUGGACUGCUAAAAGUCAGAACAGUCCUGCCAGAAAAAUGCUCAGAUACAGCUCUGUAUGCAAGGAUCAGUGUGCAGUGCAACCACUGCAAGUUAAGGUACCAAAAAACCUCUGCCAUGACCCACUGCCUGGUGACCAUUUUCAAUGAGGUCCUCAUGUUCUCCCUGCCAGAGUUUCCUCUUGAGCAAUGCAAAAUUUUAGUUUCUGUGUAUGAGACUCGCCUGACAAGGAAAUCCCCCAAACAUCUAAUUGGACAGUUGACUGUGGAAAAAGAGAGGAGUAGGGAAGACAAGCACUGGAGCUUAAUGAUGGCCUCUGUUCGCCAGCCAAUUGCAAAGUGGCACGGCCUGCUGAUUUGAAUUUCUUGUUGCUUGUAUAUCAGGCUGCAAAGGAUCAGCGCUUGCCUACCUACAGAACAUGCAAGGACUUAUCCUACCCCCUGGGACUCUUCAGUGGUUUGUAGACAUUUCUGCUACAAUCAGGACAGUGGAGUAACAACAUUAUUUAAAUUCAACUCAGUUUACUUGUUAACUGACCUGGCUACUUAUCCCUCUUGUUUCACUUUUUAUCUCAUCAUGUUGAUGUUACAACAAAGAUCUGACAUUUAGCCUCCUGAUUUGUGAACAAGUUUGCACUAACUGUUCUCAUGUUGUAAAUGUGCUGGUUGUUUUAUGCUGUUUUCAUUUUUUACUGUUUUUUGUGCAUGAGGAACUGCCUCCUCUGUGUUAUUGAAAUGUAUAUUGAAAGUAAAAUAACUAAUGGAACUAUCAAGACCAUACUGUAAGCAGGUCAAAACCACUUCAAAACAACCACUAGAGGGAGGCGGAGGGCUGUUUUAGCCAGGAGUCAGCCAGCACUCAAUGUAGACCCAGAGAAGCCAGAGAAUGGAAUACUAAAAUUGGCCCAAUAACAUGUACUAAGUCAAACUAGAAAACCGGACAUAAACAUAAGACUUGAAAAUAGCUGACUUAUCUCAACUGGUCAACACAUGAGCAAAGGCACUGUUUGUCAACAGGCAAGGCAGGCAACUGCUUAAAGCCCCAGACCAGUUAGGUGGCCCACAAUGGCUGAUAAACUUAAACCACAGCAGUGGCUCAAAAUUAGCAAAGUUUGCAAUGACAGUUGGAAACCUCCCUAAGGGGGCCCCACUUGACAUCACUCAAUCAUAUAAUAGUAAAUGACUUGAAUUAGACUUUUCUAGCCCUCAAUAUGGGGGAGAGACACUUGAAUAAUGUAACUUAUGCUAAAAACCUUUGUUGGUGUCAGAUCAUUUAACAUAAUGGGGAAGUACGCUGUUUGGAGGGGCCCCCUGUAAAUAUUUGCCUCGGGCCCCAACAGACUCUAAAAUCACCUCUGCACGAGACCCUUAUGUCAGCACACAACACAACAGUGUCUUCAGGAACAGACGGACAGAUGCUGAUUUAUCACCUGAGGAACAAUCCAUGUCUAAGACCAGACCAUGUACAAAUUGUAUAAAUGAAGAAUGUUAGAAAAAAAUCAACACAUGUUUUAGGGAAACUGCUGUGUUUUAGUUUUAUCUCAAAUUGCAGCUUGUGUAAGGAUAUCUUUAGGGUAAAAAGUAGUGAAUAGAAUCUGAUCAUCUUUUCUUUCAAAGUGCUGUUGUACUCAGUGAUGUCAUACCUUAACAUGAAUAAUUGCUAUAUUGUUUUUUUCAGUUUUUAAUUUUGGGCUUUUUAUGCCUUAGUUGUAGAGAUGGGAGUGGAGAGAGUCAAAAAUCAGUGAGAGAGAGUGGGGAAUGAUGGGGGAAGGGAGCAAAAGGUCGGUUUUGAACCUGGGUUGCCUGCUUCGGGGACCACAGCCUCUUUAUGAGAAGCGCAUUGCAGACUAGUACCAUAAUAAUUGCCAUGUCUUAAAAAGAGGGUCAAAUGUUCUUAACUUUUCAUGUCACUCUUUUUUUAACCAUUUUAAAAGUGAAUGAUUGUCAUUGUUAAUCAUGUAAACAAACUUGAUAAGUUGA